AUGCUGUUGUCAUGGAAACAGAUGGUCCUGCUGUCAUUCAUUGGCUGCCUGGGAGGGGAACUGCCCUUCCACGGCCCCGUGUUCGUCAGUGAGCCCCGCGACAGCAUGGCCCCCGUCGGUGCUGCGGACCAGAGAGUCACGUUCAACUGCGAAGCCAGAGGCAACCCUUCCCCUCGUUACAGAUGGCAGCUGAACGGGAGCGACAUUGACCUGGGCGUGGAGUCCCGUUAUGCCUUGGACCGAGGUGACCUGGUGGUCCUGAACCCCCGCCGGGAUCGGGACGCGGGGAGUUACCAGUGUUUCGCCACGAACGCGCUGGGAACCAUCGUCAGCCGAGAAGCGAAGCUGCAGUUUGCCUAUCUCGAGAACUUCAAAACCACGAUGCGGAGUGCGGUGUCGGUGCGGGAAGGCCAGGGCGUGGUGCUGCUGUGCGGGCCCCCGCCUCACGCUGGAGAGCUCUCCUACGCAUGGAUCUUCAACGAAUACCCGUCCUUCGUGGAGGAAGACGGCCGGAGGUUCAUCUCCCAGGAGACAGGCCACCUCUACGUGGCCAAGGUGGAGCCGUCCGACGUGGGCAACUACACGUGUGUGGUGACGAACGUGGUGACCGCCGCCCGGGUGCUGGGCUCGCCGACGCCGCUGAUGCUGCGCGCCGACGGUGUGAUGGGUGAAUACGAGCCGAAAAUAGAAGUCCAGUUUCCGGAAACGCUUCCGGCCGCCAGAGGGUCCACCGUGAGGCUGGAGUGCUUCGCGCUUGGGAACCCCGUGCCCCGGAUCACCUGGAGGAGGAGCGACGGGCGGCCUUUGCCCGGGAGAGCGGCCCUGCGGAGGUCCGGCGGGGUGCUGGAGAUCCCCGGCUUUGAGCAGGAGGACGCGGGGUCCUACGAGUGCCUCGCCGAGAAUUCCCGGGGGAGAAACGUGGCCCGCGGGCGUCUCACGUACUACGCAAAGCCGCACUGGGUCCAGCUCAUCCGGGACGUGGAGGCCGCAGUGGGGGACAGCCUGCGCUGGGACUGCCGGGCCGGCGGCAAGCCCAAGCCCUCCUACCGGUGGCUGAGGAACGGCGAGGCCCUGGCGCUGGAGGAGCGGAUCCAGCUGGAAAACGGCGCCCUGAGCAUCGUGAACCUGAGCGUGGCGGACGCGGGCAUGUUCCAGUGCGUGGCGGAGAACAAGCAUGGCCUCGCCUACUCCAGCGCUGAGCUCCGGGUGCUGGCCUCCGCUCCGGACUUCUCCGCGGCGCCCAUGAGGAAGCUGGUGCGGGCACAGGUGGGCAGCACCGUGGGCCUGGACUGCCGGCCCCAAGCCGCCCCCCGGGCCCUGUGCUCCUGGAGGAGAGGCGAGGUGACCGUGCGAGAGGAUGGAAGAAUUUCUUUCCUGAAAGACGGAGGGCUCAGCAUAGCCAACGUGACGAAGGCCGACGCCGGGACUUACACCUGCUUCGCAGAAAACCAGUUCGGGACGGCCAGUGGCUCCACGCGCCUGGUCGUCACAGACCCCACGAGAAUAACGCUGGCGCCGUCGAACAUGGACGUGUCCGUGGGCGAGAGCGUGGUCCUGCCCUGCCAGGUGCGGCACGACCCCCUGCUGGACGUCGCGUUCACCUGGUACUUCAACGGGGCGCUCGCCGGCUUCCAGAAGGACAGCUCCCACCUGGAGCAGGCUGGCGGGAGCUCAUCGGGCGAUUUGAUGAUCAGGAACAUCCAGCUGAAGCACGCAGGGAAGUACGUCUGUGUGGUGCAGAGUGCGGUGGACAGUGUCUCCUCGGCUGCUGACCUUGUAGUGAGAGGUUCCCCCGGGCCACCCGCAAACGUGCAGGUGGAGGAGAUCACGGACACCACAGCCCAGGUGUCCUGGACAGAAGGCACCGACAACCACAGCCCCAUCACCGCCUACGCCGUCCAGGCGAGGACGCCAUUCUCCGUGGGCUGGCAGGCCGCCAGGACAGUGCCCGAGGUCAUUGAUGGGAAAACACACACUGCCACUGUAGUCGAGUUAAACCCGUGGGUGGAGUACGAAUUUCGGGUUGUAGCCAGCAACAAACUCGGAGGUGGAGAACCCAGUUUGCCCUCAGAAAAAGUAAGAACUGAAGAGGCAGCCCCCGAAGUGCCUCCUUCCGAGGUCAGUGGGGGAGGCGGAAGCCGGUCCGAACUGGUGAUAACCUGGGAGCCGGUCCCCGAGGAGCUGCAGAAUGGCGAGGGCUUUGGGUACGUUGUCGCCUUCCGCCCCCUGGGGGUCAGCACCUGGAUCCAGACGGUGGUCACGUCCCCCGAGGCCCCGCGAUACGUGUUCCGGAACGAGAGCAUCGUGCCCUUUGCGCCGUACGAAGUGAAAGUGGGCGUCUACAACAACAAGGGCGAAGGGCCGUUCAGCCCCGUGGCCACCGUGUUCUCGGCAGAGGAAGAACCUACAGCGGCUCCGGCUCACGUCUGGGCCCACAGCCUGUCCUCCUCGGAGAUCGAGGUGUCCUGGAGCGCCGUCCCCUGGAAGCUGAGCAGCGGCCAUCUCCUCGGCUACGAGGUGCGGUACUGGACCAGCGGGGAGGAGGGCUCGCCGCGCAGAGUGAAGGUGGUGGCGGGGGAGACCGCGGCCCGGCUCCACGGCCUGAGGAGCCACCUGGUGUACCACGCAGCCGUCCGGGCGUACAACAGCGCGGGCGCCGGGCCCUUCAGCGCCACGGUGAACGCCACCACCAGGAAGACGCCUCCCAGCCAGCCGCCGGGAAACGUGGUCUGGAACGCCACGGACGCCAGGGUGUUCCUGAGCUGGGAGCGGGUCCGAGCCAUGGAGAAUGAGUCGGAGGUGACGGGAUACAAGGUGUUCUACAGGACGAGCGGCCAAGGCGGCCUGCGGGUGCUCAGCACAAACCGGACGUCGGCCGAGCUGCAGCUGCCUGUCCAGGAGGGCUACGUCGUCCACGUCCGGGCCACCACGGCCGGAGGGGAUGGGGCCAGCAGCGUGCCCGUCAGGAUCCCGAGGAGAACCAGUUCAGACGCCAGGGGCUCCCCGUCGGCCAGCGCCAGCGCCCACCCCGUGUCACGCUGCCUGCCGGCGGUCCUGUUCGUGGCUCACGCCCUGUGGUGA